AUGGCGACAAAUCUCUCAGCCGCUCUACUCCCAUAUCACCACCACCACUCAGACGCCACCCACCACCGUCCGCUCCACCUCACCACUCCAUACUUUCUUCCCCACGCGAAUAAAAGGUUAACCACCGUCCACUGUUCAUCCAAGAAAGCAGCGCCUCCGCCGCCGCCCACCGUAGGCGGGGAGCAAAACAGCCCAUCCUUAGCCGAACAGCUUAAACCCUUAUCCACCACCGUUCUUUCCGACGGACCAAACGAGACCAAUCUCUUAUCCAAUCCCAAAUCCACAUGGGUUAACCCCACCAAGCCCAAACCGUCCGUACUCUCCCUCCAGCGCCACAAGCGCUCGUCUUCAUACACGAACAAUCCCCAAUUCAAAGACCUCAGGCAGUUUUCAUCGAAGCUCAACGAGUGCGAUGAAUCCGAUUUCUUGUCUGUUCUCGAAGGUAUCCCUCACCCGCCCACCCGUGAAAAUGCGCUUUUGGUGUUAAAUAGUUUGCGUUCAUGGCAAAAAUCCCUUAUUUUCCUCAAUUGGGUUAAGGCCCAGAAUGUCUUCCCCAUGGAAACAAUCUUUUAUAAUGUAACAAUGAAGUCUUUGAGGCUGGGCAAGCAAUUUCAGCACACAGAGGACCUUGCUCUUGAAAUGAUAGAGAAAGGCAUCGAGCUUGACAACAUUACGUAUUCGACUAUAAUCACCUGCGCCAAAAAAUGCAAUCUUUUCGACAAAGCGGCCGAUUGGUUCGAGCAGAUGUACAAAACCGGGCUCAAGCCCGAUGAGGUCACUUAUUCGGCCAUCCUUGAUGUGUAUGCAAAGCUCGGUAAAGUUGGGGAGGUUUUGAGUUUAUAUGAAAGGGCUCGGGCAAGCGGGUGGAAGCCCGACCCAUUCGCAUUUUCUGUGCUGGCAAAGAUGUUUGGCGAGACAGGGGAUUAUGAUGGUAUUAACAGUGUCUUGCAAGAAAUAAAAUCGCUUGGCGUAAAGCCCAAUUUAGUCUUGUACAACACUUUGCUAGAGGCUUUAGGCAAAGCCGGGAAGCCCGGGCUAGCCAGGAGUUUGUUCGAGGAGAUGUUGGGCUUAGGAAUCGAGCCCAACGAGAAGACUUUAACAAUAUUGAUAAAAAUUUACGGGCGGGCCAGGUGGGGCCGUGAUGCUGUGAAGCUUUGGGAACGUAUGAGGACCAACGGUUGGCCUGUGGAUUUCAUAUUGUACAACUCGCUGUUGAGCAUGUGCGCCGAUCUUGGAUUGGUGGACGAGGGAGAAAAGCUCUUUGACGAAAUGAAGAAGGCCAAAGGAAAGAGAAAACCCGACAGCUGGAGCUACACGGCUAUGAUGAGCAUAUACGGGAGCGCGGGUGAUGUCAGCAAGGCCAUGGCUCUUUUUCAAGAAAUGUCCGAUAUGGGUUUACAGCUUAACGUCAUGGGAUGCACUUCUCUAAUGCGCUGCCUGGGAAAAUCCAAGAAAAUCGAUGACUUGGUGAGGGUUUUUAACACUUCCGUCGAAAAUGGAGUUCGGCCGGACGAUAGGCUUUGCGGCUGCUUACUUUCAGUCUUGUCUAAUUGCGAGGGUGAUGAUGAUGAUGAUGCAAAUAAGGUCCUUUCUUGUUUAGAGCGAGCAAACCCGAAACUGUUUGCAUUCGUGAACCUCUUGUGUGGCGGCGAAGAUGAAAGUGUUAACGUUGGUCUCGAUAAAUUGAAGGACGAGUUCAAAAGCGUGCUUAGCGGCACGGAUGUCGAGGCCCGGAGGCCGUUCUGCAACUGCUUAAUCGAUAUUUGCCGAAAAAGGAAUCUUCACAGAAGGGCCCACGAGCUUCUUUAUCUGGGGACUGUUUACGGAUUGUACCAAGGCUUACACACCAAGACUGAAGAAGAGUGGCGGUUGAACGUUCGGUCAUUGUCAGUUGGUGCAGCCGAGACUGCCUUCGAGGAGUGGAUGGGAACUUUGGUUAAAAUCGUGCAGCGAAAGGAGAGUUUGCCUGCUUUGUUCUCUGCAAGCACGGGAGCUGGAACUCAUAAGUUCUCGCAUGGUUUAGGGAGAGCUUUUGCUUCCCAUGUGGAGAAGAUGGCUGCGCCUUUUCAUGAGAGUGAGGGGAAAUCGGGUUUGUUUGUCGCGACUCGCGAGGAUUUGGUUUUGUGGGUCGAGUCUAAGGCCUUUACAAGCUAA